AUGAAAACAAAAACAGAAAAAGGAAGAGUUAGAAUUCGCUUUCUCUUUCUCGAUCCCUCUCUCUCAAAAUCGCUGUUCCUCUCUCACCCACCGCCACCGGCCGCCGCUCUCAAUCCCUCUCUCACUGCUCUCAAUCUCUCUCCCUCACCUCGCCGUAACGCCGUUCAAUCUUCCGCCGCAGCCGCACCACUGCUCAGCUCACCGCGCCGCACCACACCGCACCGCACUCACUCUUUCUCUUCGUCUCGUUUCAGAAACAACUUUGUCUUUUAAAUAUUAUUGUAUCUAGAAAUUUGGUUGAUAAAAUUCCCUCCAAAAUUUUGCCUAGGCUCUCUAAUAUUACUGGAAUCGCCACUGUAUACAAGCAAAACCUUCUGUUUCCUUUGACUCCAUAAAUGAUCCAAAUCCCGCGCGUAUACUCUCUCUUCCUUCAUACGCAGCAAACGCGAGCGAGAACUCAGCAAGUUCAAUCGCAACCCACCUUCUACCGCGAACGUUGAAAACCGAACUGCAAACUCAAAACUGAAAAAUUAAAAAAAGUCUCAAUACUUACACGUUCAUAGUUCCCAAGCAUAAACCCUAUUUCCCAAAUCUAAAAUUAAACCAAAAUUGAACCCUAAUUCCUCAAAUCGCACCAUCCCAAUCUCAGUUCGUGAAGGUAAAUAGCAUUCGAGUCUGGGUUUGUGAGGUUUCAGCAGUUAGAAGUUUCGAUUCUGGGUUAUCAUUCGAGUAACAUUCAAUUAUGGAAUACAAUUAGCUCCAAACUUGCCGCGUCGUCCUACCUCAGCAGUACAAUUACAAACACGCAAGGUUUGUUUGAUUGAAGUUGAAGUUUCAAAACACACUCAUCUCCCUCUACUCGUCUUUGUUCCAACAGCCACCCACCGUCGACAACCGCGCAUGAAGGUUUGUCUAGAAAAAUGGGAGGGUCAAGGAGGAAAGGCACUGUGAUACCACUCGACUCACAGUUCCCCGCAGAGGAAGUCCAUAAGGCUACCAAGCACUUCCAAGACGCCAUCACUGAACAGAACAAUGACCUCCAUCGCCUGCAAGCUUUUCUCAACGACAAUAACAACAUUAUCAACCUCGUCCAGAAAAUCCCCGAACAACUCUCUCACGAUGUCAUGGUUCCAUUUGGGAAAGCAGCGUUCUUCCCUGGUCGUUUGAUUCAUACCAAUGAGUUCAAGGUUCUUUUGGGAGAAGGCUAUUAUGCAGACAGAACUUCAAAGCAAACAGUUGAGAUUUUGCAACGAAGAGGGAAAUCAUUGGAUUCACAGAUUGAAUCUCAACAGGCUAUGAUUAACAACCUUGCUUCGUUUAUCAAUGUCACAGAUUCUGAAGUAGCGGGGGGUCUUGUGGAAAUAAGGGAAGAAUAUGUGGAGGACGAGGACAAAUCUGACGAAGAGGAAUCUGAACCAGAUUCACCUAUCGAAGAUGCUCCUAGUUCUGGGAAUGAUACCACCAAAAAAGUGGACUAUGCUUCAUUUUUAGCAUUAAUGGAUGAACUUGAGAAAAAAGAACAGUUUGCUGAAGAAAAUGGUGAUUGCAGUGAUCAAGAUGAAGAAACUGCUGUUGAUUUUGAUGAUAGUCCUUAUCAGGGAAACAGCCCCCAAAAUUCAGAAGGCAGUAGUCAAGUCAUACCGCUGGACCAGACAAACAAUAGAAAUUCAGCAAAUAAGUUUCCAAAAAUGCAUAAUCAUCAAGAAGAUACAGCUGAUCAGUUGAAUUUUGCAAAUUUGGCUGUUCAAUCUCAGGUCAAAGAAGGGAAAAGCUUUGCACAAAAUGUGAAAUCCGGUGAUCCCAGUGUGAAACCUCCCAUACUUCCUACAGAGAAGACAUCUCAAGCAACUUCUGCCUCAAAAACUGAGGUUCAACACCAAACUUCACAACCAUUUGAUAGACGCAAGGCUUUCACAGGCUCAAUCGUAGAGCAUGCCGAGAACUUAAAAAAAGCUUCCGGGGAACAAAAUUCAACUUCACAGGUUUCCGGUUCUCAACCUUCAAAACCAGUCUCCAGAUUCAAAAUGCAGAGAAAAUAGGUACAACACUAUGAGAAGGUUGUUUGAAGCUCUAGGAAUGUGCUUGUUAGAGUGCUCUCUGCAUAGAUUGAUGAAUCCAAAGAAACAAAGGGCAUACUUUGUAUCACUUUUUACGAGCUUUCUGCUUUGUAGUGGAUUGGAAUGAAAAUGAAAUCUUUUAUAUCUUUUUUCCAUA